UAAUUGGAGGCAUUUGAAAAAAACAAACUUGCCGCACCGAGGAAGAUUUGAGCUAGCACUGUCAUUUCACUUUGUACAUCUCACUUGGCAUACCCAUCCCAUACCCCUAAUACGUGGUGGCCCUUCACUCUUUACAAACCUCUUUACAAACCUCUCAAACCUUCUCCUUUUGAUGUUCCAACUUGCGAAUGUGUGUUUCGUGAAUUCAUUCUAGGCACCAGCUGAGUAUCUCCAAGCUUAAAAAAAAAACAAAAAAAAACUUACUCAAAUACCCUACUCAGAUAAUAGUAGCAAACAAAAUAGGCAGGAUGGACGUCGGAGGCAUUCAUUACAAUCAGUGCGACCCGCCUUCUCCUCAGAUAUUUUACUGUAGUGAAGACACCACAUGUAUCGUCCUUGCGGCCAACACCACGGUUCUAUGUUGUCCAAACACAAGCGAGGAAGACUGUGUCAAUAUUGACCCCAUCGCUUGCGACUUGAAUCAACAGACCUCCCUCGCCAGUAUCCAGACGACAGUUCGUGAAGGAAAGCUAUACACAUGCGGGACCGGUUGUUGUCCCUGGGGAUAUCAUUGUGGUGACGACAACACUUGUUACAGGGACGCAGAUCAGAGCAAACCGCCACUGCCAUUGCGAGUUACAACCAACUUGAUAAUCGAUCAUCCGUCUACCAGUUCAUCCGUAUUGCAGUCUAGCCUGCCGCAAUCCCUGUUGACGACUUUUGAUACGUCAUUCAUUCCAUCUUCGUCAGGGGUACCAAGCAUCAGUAUCGCACCAAUCGCUGGUCCAACUCCGGAAACCGACCAGACGGCCGAAUCAUCAGAUUCAACCCUGAGUAAAGGAGCAAUAGCAGGUAUAAGCGUGGCAUGUUUCUGCGCUGUCGCCCUGGCAGGUUUAGGUGUUUAUUUUUUUCGUCGCAUGAGAAAAUCCACAAAGGAUUCGAGCAACAAUGAGAAAAGUCAGAUUACCACGCCGCUAGACAGUAAGGAGUCGGCAAAGCUACCUGAUUCCUACGGAGAGCUUCACGGCACUCCUGUCUUCGAGUUAUCUGGUUAAAGCACCGGUGGCGACGCAGUCGGAUAACUCUCCUAUUUGGAUGACACAAAACUCGAAUACCCAAAUAGGUUUUGGUCUUUUAGCAUACACUCUCAGAUAAUUUUGCAUAUGCCCGUCGAUAUUGGCUACUACUUGUGGCAGGCCCAGCGCUCACACUGGGCCUGAGAUAUUUGCAAUUCAGGGCUCCCGAAAGGGGCGUUUCAGUGUCGUAUACUUGAAAAUCGACUUGGAACAUACGAUGAAGCUGGAUAGGAGAAAUCGCCACGAGGCGUUAUUGAUCAAAAGGGCCAUUUGCCCGUCGCUACAUAUCAGAUUGGUUUUCAAAGCAAUACGGAAUUUGAUUCCGAUAGCCCCUGAUGUGCUUUAAAUAAGCUCGCUCGAUCUGUUUUUAUAGCUUUGGCUUAAUUAGCUAGAUACCAUGUCAAAUAUUGCCAGUAGCAAAGCAUAUAUAUAGGUAGCCAAGUGUCAAACACGAGAAAUAUGAAAAGUCAGCCGAA